AUGGACAGAGGUGAAAAGGUUAGUCCUUUAAUUAAUACUCUUUUUGAAUUGCCCAUAGAUAUUUUUAUGAACACAUAAUUAUUAGAAUGACUUUUAACUAGUUCAAAGUAUGAUUCAAUAGUUGAGAAACGAACAAAUGUAUUUAAAAUGUGUAAAUAGCCUACCAAUAUGUUUAAAUGUGCAAUAAUCGUUCUCUUACAUCUAAGAAUGUAUAAUUGCUAUUUCAUAAAUAAAUGAAUGGGCUGAUACAUACCGGUAUUAAAUUGUUCUGGAUUUGUUCGAAGCACGACCAUGGCAAGUUCGUCUGUUUCGACCACAUCACAUUCUGGGUUGGAAAUGCCAAACAGGUAUGAGAAUCAUGUGCCAGGAUGGCUGUUUUUCACUUUUUUUUUCAUGUGGUAAAAAUGUUCCUGAACUUUCUCAAAGUUAAAGGAGUAUUCACUGAGGGAUGGCUAUUGGCUCUCUUAAGGGGUGGGGGCAAUAGGCAUGAAACCUCAGAGUAGACCCCACCAUUCUCCCUGCUCUUAAUUUGAUCCAGAAGCUGGAGGUUUUCCACUCCAUCACCAGGAGGUGGCGGCCCACCACAGUCCUUUACAGUUCACAACACACUAUAGAACUGUUAUUAAGGUGUUGUGCCUGAUAGUAAAUGUACAAAUAUUGUAUUGCUUGGUGAUUGAUUGUGAGUGGCAAUAGUGUUUUUUCUUCUGUUUCAACAGGCAGCAUCUUACUAUUGUAACAAGCUUGGAUUUGAACCGUUGGCCUACCAGGGUUUAGAGACAGGCUGCCGUGAUGUGGUGUCCCAUGUGGUCAAACAAGACAAGGUGAGCAGAGCAUUGCAGCAUUCUGAAUUCAUUAUGGCACAUGUUUAUAAUAGUGAGGUAACUUGAUACAAGUGAUGGAGGUCCUUGGUUGUCCACCAUGUAACUUUCAGGCUAUUUUUUCCCCACAGAUUAUUUAUGUAUUCGCGUCCGCCCUCAAUCCUGGAAACAAAGGUACAGUAUGACACAAAAAUGUAAUCCUUCAUGUGGUUAGAUAUGAUGAGAUAAGCUGUCACUGACUAGUGUGCUACUUCACCCACUCCGAUUUGAGUAUACUUUUGUCCAUCUCCUUUAUUCAGAAAUGGGGGAGCAUUUGGUCAAACAUGGGGAUGGAGCCAAGGACAUUGCAUUCACUGUGGAGAACUGUGAUUACCUUGUGCAGGUACCAAAGCAGGCUUACCGUUUAAACCAAUAUCGCUGCUCUUUCUGGAAUGAGGAGAAUGCCUCUUUCCUAAUGAGAUGGGUUGUAAAUAUACUUUUGGAUUGCAAUCGUUUUCUUUGAUUUAUUGAAAAGAUGCAUAGCCAUAGGAUUAGUCUUUUUUUAUCUUCCUGGAUCUUCAUCACAUGCAUAUGAUUAUCUGUCUAUUAUACUAUAGAAAGCCAGAGAGCGUGGUGCCAUCAUAGUGAAAGAGCCGUAUGUACUGGAGGACAAAUAUGGCAGAGUAAAGCUGGCUGUUCUCCAGACGGUAAGUCAAUCAAUAUCUGGUGAAACUGAGUGCCGAAAAGUAGAUUUACAGUAUGCUCUAGAUUUGGGAUUUUCUCUUAUAUCACUAUAGUAUGGGGACACCACACACACAUUUGUGGAGAGGAUGGCGUACAACGGGCUGUUCCUCCCAGGGUUCCAUCCUCCUCUCCACCGGGACCCCUUGUUGGCCAAGCUGUGAGUAUGAACAAUUUGAUCUGGUGUUAGAGGGUAUAGUGCUCUUUACAGACCAUUGUAAACAAGACAGAAUUCGAGUGACUGUUUCAGUUAAACAGUUGACAUCACUGUGAGGCCUUAUCUAACGUUACAGACCCAGUGGAUUACUGAACUUCAUUGACCAUGUUGUGGGGAACCAGCCAGAUGAUGAGAUGGUGCCUGUAGUGGAAUGGUAAGGCAUUGUCUAGGCCUAGCCUAGGGCACAGGGAUGUAUUAACACACACACUGGCCUGUAUAUUUUAUUCCAGACAAAAACAUCCAUGAACAUCAGAGUUUCCUCUACCACACACUGAAUGCAGUAUAAAAGAAACAGCAACCUAUAGCCAACAUUUUAGGAUUAAUUUUACAUUCUCUAGAAUGUUCUCCAUCCAAUGCAACUGAGGCCAAGUUGACUACUCCUCAUGGUUCUGCAUGCAGCUGUAGUUAGGUGGGUGAAUAGAUGGGUGGAUGGGGAGGCGUCAGUAUUAUGUAACCCAGGGUGUUUGGCAUAGGCCAGAUGCUACUAUGACUUAACAGUUUUUGAGCCGGGUCCCUGGGGUUCCCCACAUCUGGAGUCAGUUAGAGCUCCACCAUGCAGCUCUGAGAUAGAAAACAGGGAUGGGUUUGAUCUCUAAAGGGAAGGGCCAGGGAAGAGGGCUGUGGGAUAGAUAUAGUGUAGUCUCUCACCUGUCCAUCCAACACACAGGGGUUCCUGAGUAGUAAGUUCUGUUUCCAUAGGUACCAGAAUAACCUGCUCUUCCACCGGUUCUGGUCAGUAGACGACAAGCAGCUGCAGACAGACUUCAGUGCACUGCGCUCCAUCGUUGUGGCCAAUUAUGAAGAGACAGUGAAGAUGCCCAUUAAUGAGCCAGCCAUGGGUAAACGCAAGUCCCAGAUCCAGGCAAGUCAUCGCCAUGUUAUUCAAUAUAUCAUAUAUUAAGUAUGUAAAGAAAAGUUUACCAACGUAACAAAGACAUCCAUACACAUAUUCAGUACUGUACCUUUCAAAAACAGCAUUACAAAAAAUUGAAUGAGUAGAGCUUGUACCUCGCUAAACUCACUGGACUUAACAGGAGUAUGUGGAGUACUACGGUGGCCCAGGUGUCCAGCACAUCGCCAUGAACACAUCAGACAUCAUCACCGCAGUAAGUCUUUUCACACAAAACGCUAAGCUCAACCUGGUUACUUUUACAUACACAUUAAUGGAAGAUGGAAGAUUGAAAGAUUGGUGUGGUUAGUGUAUUCUCUUUGUUGUAGAUCCGUAACCUGAAGGAGCGUGGCAUGGAGUUUAUGUGUGUGCCAGACUCCUACUACCAGCUGCUGAGAAAGAAUCUCCAACAAUCCCAAGUCAGGAUCAGUGAGGACCUGGACAUUCUGGAGGUCAGAGACACCAUUUUCUCUGAUGUUUUAAUAAAUGUUUCAAUUAUUUAUUAUAUUUCAAUUAUCCAAAUACCUGAUAGUUAAUUGCAUUAUGAUGAUCAUUCAGUUAAUUUGAACUUCCAUGGUAGGUUCUUAGCUACUCAGCCUGAUAAGCACUCUAAUGUCCUGUUGCUCUGACAGGAGCUGAAGAUCUUAGUGGAUUUUGAUGACAAUGGCUACCUACUCCAGAUCUUCACCAAGCCUGUUCAGGACCGUCCCACGGUGUUCCUGGAGGUCAUUCAAAGACACAACCAUCAGGUGAGAGGAGCAUGAAAUUUCAAAGAGCCUUACCAAUGAAACAAUAUAUAACCAGAUUGAAUUUAGGACUAUAAGCUUUGCUAGUGGAUUGAAAAGUCAAUUUACAGUAUGUAAUGAUGAUAAAGAUUGAUGUGCAGAUCUACAUUUAGACUGAAAACUAUGUGAAAACAUGUCUUUGUACUCUUCCUAGGGCUUUGGUGCAGGCAACUUCAAGGCUCUUUUCGAGGCCAUCGAGGCAGACCAGAACGCUAGAGGGAACUUGACUAUCCUGACCCCUAAUGGAGUGUCUAACCAAAUUUGA